AUGAAUGACUCCGAAUAUGACGACAUGUCCAUGAAGAAUUUACGGGUCACAUUCCCCACUCUGGCUAUCCCACCCCCCUCCCUCCUUUCCCCCUACGCUGGGUCCACGCUAAGGUUUGCAUUUCUCUUCCCCGCCUGCCUCCCACGCAUGCCCUUUCCCCUUCUGCCAGGGUUGAAACCCAGGCUUGCCUCCCUCCAUCUCGAUCUCCGCCAGGCUGGCCUAAACCCGCGUCCCUCCCAACCCUGGCUAUCCUUUCACCUACUCCCUCUCCACCCAGGCUUGCCUAUCCCCUUCUUCCUCCCCACCCUGGCUCGCCUUUCCUCUUCUCCCUCUCCACCCAGGCUUGCCUUUCCCCUUCUCCCUCCUCAACCCUGGCUAUCCCUUCCCCUUCUCCCUCCACCCCCCCCUUGCUCGCCUUUCUCCUUCUUCCUCCCCAACCCUGGCUAUCCUUUCACCUACUCCCUCUCCACCCAGGCUUGCCUAUCCCCUUCUUCCUCCCCACCCUGGCUCGCCUUUCCUCUUCUCCCUCUCCACCCAGGCUUGCCUUUCCCCUUCUCCCUCCUCAACCCUGGCUAUCCCUUCCCCUUCUCCCUCCACCCCCCCCUUGCUCGCCUUUCUCCUUCUUCCUCCCCAACCCUGGCUAUCCUUUCACCUACUCCCUCUCCACCCAGGCAUGCCUAUCCCCUUCUCCCUCCCCACCCUGGCUCGCCUUUCCUCUUCUCCCUCUCCACCCUGGCUUGCCUUUCCCCUUCUCCCUCCUCAACCCUUGCUAUCCCUUCCCCUUCUCCCUCCACCCCCCCCUUGCUCGCCUUUCUCCUUCUUCCUCCCCAACCCUGGCUAUCCUUUCACCUACUCCCUCUCCACCCAGGCUUGCCUAUCCCCUUCUUCCUCCCCACCCUGGCUCGCCUUUCCUCUUCUCCCUCUCCACCCAGGCUUGCCUUUCCCCUUCUCCCUCCUCAACCCUGGCUAUCCCUUCCCCUUCUCCCUCCACCCCCCCCUUGCUCGCCUUUCUCCUUCUUCCUCCCCAGCCCUGGCUAUCCUUUCACCUACUCCCUCUCCACCCAGGCAUGCCUAUCCCCUUCUCCCUCCCCACCCUGGCUCGCCUUUCCUCUUCUCCCUCUCCACCCUGGCUUGCCUUUCCCCUUCUCCCUCCUCAACCCUUGCUAUCCCUUCCCCUUCUCCCUCCACCCCCCCCUUGCUCGCCUUUCUCCUUCUUCCUCCCCAACCCUGGCUAUCCUUUCACCUACUCCCUCUCCACCCAGGCAUGCCUAUCCCCUUCUCCCUCCCCACACUGGCUCGCCUUUCCUCUUCUCCCUCUCCACCCUGGCUUGCCUUUCCCCUUCUCCCUCCUCAACCCUGGCUAUCCCUUCCCCUUCUCCCUCCACAACCCUUGCUAUCCCUUCCCUUUCUCCCUCCUCACCCUUGCUCGCCUUUCCCCUUCGCCCUCACCAACCCUGGCUAUCCCUUCCCCAUCUCCCUCCCACCCCUGGCUAUCCUUACCCGGCUAUCCUUACCCCUUCUCCUCCCCCAACCCUGGCUAUCCAGUCCCCUUCUGCCUCCCACAUGGCCUUGGUGACCUAUGCUUUCCUCCCCCUACUCCCCCUACUCCCUCGCCACCCAGGCUUGGCUAUCCCCUUCUUCCUCCCCACCCUGGGUCGCCUUUCCCCUACUCCCUUGCCACCCAGGCUUGCCUAUCCCCUUCUCCCUCCCCAACCCUUUAUGCCUCACCCACACUGGCUGUACGCACUCACAUGUACUGUUGCCAUCCUCGUGCCAGCGUUGGUUAACGUGUGUGCAAACACACGCAUGUCUUCCGGCAUCGCCCGCAUGAAGGUGUGCCACAAUCCCUCCCCCCUCCCUCCGCCUCUAGUGUCCACAGGAACCACCAUGCGCUGCGACGUCUUCGUCAGCACAGGGAGCCCUUUUUCAAUUGACUGCGAUGGUGAAGGAGGCAUGAGGCACAGAUGUUGGUGGAUGGACAGCACUAAAACAACAAUGUGGGCAAAACGCAUGAAUACAUGA